AUGGAUGAAUGGCGAAUACAACAGCAUCAUAGAAUGGUAUCAGGUGGCGUCGGUCCAAUACUCAGUUAUCAUACAGUACAUUCAAGAACUUCUCCAUAUCCAUCACCACAUCAAAUGAGUGAACUAAAACAAUCAUAUCAAUAUCAACAGAAUUCCUCAACAGCAUCUUCGAAUCCUAUGUCGCCUUCAAAUAUGGCACAAUCACCAAAUCCGAAUGCAACACAAAUGUGUGUUAAAAACGAUUCAGAAGACACAACAUCGUCAUCAUCCUCAACAUCAUCAUCUGAUGAAGUUUCUAAUACAACAACAACAUCAUCAAAUCCUAAUGUUUAUACUCCUAAUAAUACAAAUGUUUCAUAUUCACCAGCACAAAUGGAACAAAUUCAACAUCAACAUCAACAACAACGCAUGAUGGCUACUAAAACCCAUGGUCCCAUGGUUGGCUAUCAUCCAGGCCAACAACAAAUGAUGGCAGCGCGAGCACGUUCAAUGCCAUAUCCAAUGCCUCCACCUCAAUCUCAUCAUCAUCCUCAGCCUCAUCAACAUGCAUCCAUGUAUCCGCAUCCACCUAAUGCAGUUUGUCAAUGUAGUCAACAUAUGCAUACAACUAAUGGUCAUUAUCCGAUGCAUCCUUCACAACAUCCAAUGUAUUAUCAACAACAGCAGCAACAACAACAACAACAACAACAACAACAGCAGCAUGAAGCAUGGUAUCGAUAUCAACAACAGCAAGCCGCUUGGAGACAACAUCAAAUGCAUCAACAACAACAGCAGCAGCAACAACAGCAACAUUUACAUCCUCAACCGAUAUCUAUUGAACAGAGUUACAAUGCUAUUUUAUCUGAUACAACAUCUACAACAAAAUUAAAAGCAACAAAAACGAAAUCGAAAAAGAAACAAUCAACAACAUCUUCAUUAAAUGAGGAGCCCAUGAUGAAAUAUCAACCAAUGCCGCCAACAUCACUGAAUUUAUCUGUGCAACAGCAACAAUCACGUGUAUGUAUUCCAUCAACGGCAACAGCUUAUUAUCCAUCAGUUUAUUCAACAUCAAAUCCAUAUCUACCAGCCCAACAACUACCUCCAACAUCAUCUUCAUCUAUUCCACAAGAUCAUCCGCUGUAUGCUCAAACAUCUCCAACAACUCUUUCACAUCAUCAAUCUCAAAUAUUCACAAGUCCAUUGAGUAAUCCUGGAACACCACAUCAGAUACAUAGUAAUGGAGAAUUUAAUGGUACUGCUGAAUUUGGUGUACCCUAUCAUCAUGUUGCCCCAGGUUCAGUGAAUUCACUGACAGAUGCUCUUUGUCCAGGUGGUGAUGCAACUGAUCGACAAAUGACACCUGGUCCACCGAGUGUUGGUACACCUCGUGUUGCACCACAUCAAUAUUCAUUUCCGCAUACGCCACUAACUCCUCAAACAAUAAACAAUCAAAAUGCAAACCCUCAUACACCAGUUAUGAUGCCACCAACACCAAAUCCAUUAUCAGCUCCACCGACACCUCUAGCACGUCCACGUUCAUCAAGUGAUCAAACACAACUUCUAUCAAAUACAAUUCAACAAUAUGAGCAAAAUAAAUCAAUGAAUAAUGUUGAUGAUCUUGCUGCUUAUCUUAAAGAUCCGACAAAUGUCUAUUUAACUGAUGAUGUAUCAUCUACAUUCUUCGAUGAUAUUGAUGCACUAGCCGAUACCUAUUUGGGACCACAAUCAAACAAUCAACAACAAUCUCAUGUUGAGCGUAACUCAGCUGAAGAUAUUCUCUUGAAUUUUCUUUGUUCAGAUGAUUUAACAGCAUAA